AUUUAUUUAUUUACUUACUAAUUCACUGCAUUUAACCUUAUUUUUUUGCAUUCAAAAUAACCUUUAGCAUAUCUACAACAUAAGACACAGUCAUGGGAUCAGACAAAGAUUGGUUAAACGACUCCUUACCCCCAAUCACUGUUAACGGAAACACUCCUACUAUAGUGGAAGAUGCAGACACAACGAGUCCAUCUUCACACCAAGCAACCGGCAGUACCACCCUUGGUGGGAACUCCUUGCAACUACCAUCCAGACCUUCCUACGAGGAAGCAUCAUCCACAUCUUCCGUCACACCGUUAAACAAACACCUUCACGAUGACGACGACUUCAAUAUAGAAACCACAAACAUCCCAGCACCUACUACUCGCAAAGCUGGCGGCGGCGGCGGCGGCGGCGGCGGCGGCGGCAGUGGCAGCGAAGAAUUGACAACCUUACACGACCCAAAAUCACUUCGACUGCUUUAUGAAAUGGGUGGAUUUGCCAAGUUGUGUGAAAUGUUGAAAACUUCCGAAUCCGGGUUAGACGAAAAGAAUGAAACUGACUUAGGCGGACGACGUCAUUACUUUGGUGUGAACAGAUUACCGGAACGUUCCCUGAGAGGAUUCUUUAGAUUAUGUUGGGAAGCCAUGAAGGACAAGGUAUUGAUCAUCUUGUCCAUUGCUGCCGUGGUGUCACUUGCCCUUGGUCUUUACGAAACUUUUGGUGCAGGCACAGAAUACGACGAUGAAGGUAAUCCCUUGCCGAAGGUUGACUGGGUUGAAGGGGUGGCGAUUUUAGUUGCUGUAUGCAUUGUCGUUAUUGUCGGUGCAGCCAAUGAUUAUCAAAAGGAACGUCAGUUUGCCAAAUUGAAUGCCAAGAAGGAAGACCGUGAGUUGAUUGUGAUACGAAAUGGUGAACAAAAGAUGAUUUCAAUCUACGACUUAUUAGUUGGGGAUGUUAUAAACUUACAAACUGGGGAUGUUGUACCUGCAGAUUCCAUCUUGUUUGACGGUGACGUCGAAUGUGAUGAAUCGGCAUUAACUGGUGAAUCAAACACUAUCAAGAAAGUCCCUGUGAAACAAGCAAUGGAAAUUUAUCAAGCUAAUUUACCGACUAAUGAAGAUAUCGGCAGUCAUGUCAUCCAAUUACGUGAUCCUUUCCUUAUUUCUGGUGCCAAAGUAAUGUCCGGUUUAGGUAACGCUCUCGUUACUGCUGUGGGUGAACAUUCCAUCCAUGGAAGAACCAUGAUGAGUUUAUCGCACGAACCAGAAACCACUCCUAUGCAGGUAAAAUUAGAUGAUCUUGCCGAGGGGAUUUCCAAAUAUGGGUUCCUUGCUGCCAUUGUCCUUUUCGUAGUGUUGUUUAUUCGUUUCUGUGUUGAAAUUGCUCCUGGUGGGAGUUACAGAGAACAUUUACCACUGGAAAAGGGGAAAAUGUUUAUUGAUAUCAUCAUCACUGCCGUCACUAUUGUUGUCGUUGCCAUUCCUGAAGGUUUACCCUUGGCCGUCACUCUUGCCUUGGCCUUUGCUACUACCAGAAUGGCACAAAAUGGGAAUUUGGUCAGAGUAUUGAAAUCUUGUGAAACUAUGGGUGGAGCCACGGCAAUUUGUUCAGAUAAGACUGGUACUUUGACUGAAAACAAGAUGAGAAUUGUCAGGGGAUUCUUUGGAUUAGACCAACAACAAAAUUUACUUGAAUUUAAUGAUACUGUGGUUCAAUCACAACAAGGAACUUCGCUUGAAGUUAUUGAUCAGAUUGCCAAUGAUUUGAAAGUUUUCCUUUGUACUAAUAUCACUUUGAAUUCCACUGCCUUUGAAAAUGUUGAAUACGAUGAAGAAAAAGCCAGAUUGGCCCAUGAACGUCCUCAUUCACAAUCAUUAUUAUCGAAAUUAUUUUCAAGAAACAAACAACCGGAGCAUUAUAUGGAAUUGGGUAUUGUUGAUUCUCCAUACUUGGGAAACAAGACCGAGUCAGCAUUGUUAAUCUUGGCCAAGGAGAAAUUCCACAUGUUUGAUGAUAAUUCACUUGAUCAUAUCCGUAGUGAAGCCCAUUCUGAAGUUGUCCAAAUCAUUCCUUUUGAAAGUUCAAGAAAGUGGUCUGGGAUCGUAUUGAAAAUCCACAAUGGCUAUAGAAUUUAUGUCAAAGGUGCCGCGGAAAUUGUAUUCAAAAACUGUGGAUAUCAAAUGAACAAUGCUGGUCAAGUCAUUCCAAUCAACCAUACUCAACGUGAUACCGUUCUUGCCAAGAUUGAUGAGUAUGCCAAUGAUGCAUUGCGUACCAUUGCUCUUGGCCAUUGCGAUUUUGUUGGUGAAAAUAUCUGGCCUCCUAAUCAAGUGGCAUCUAGUGAAAACCCACAAGAAGCCGAUGCCAAUUUAUUGCUCGAUGCAACUGCUAAUCAAAUUUCCAAUAAAGAGUAUGUCCUUGAUGCAUUGGUUGGUAUCCAAGAUCCAUUGAAAAAGGGUGUUCCCGAGGCCGUGUUGCAAUGUAAACGCGCUGGUGUUGUCGUUAGAAUGGUUACCGGUGAUAAUUUAAAUACUGCCAAAGCAAUUAGUAAAAGUUGUCACAUCCUUACUCCUGAAGAUUUAUCCAACGAGUAUGCAUACAUGGAAGGUCCCACAUUCAGAAAGUUAUCACUUUCUCAACGGAACAAGAUUGUUCCUCAGUUGAGAGUGCUUGCCAGAUCAUCUCCUGAAGAUAAGCGUAUUUUAGUGGAUACUUUGAGAAAAUCAGGAGAUGUUGUCGCAGUUACUGGUGAUGGUACUAAUGAUGCACCAGCGUUGAAGUUGGCUGAUGUUGGGUUCUCCAUGGGUAUUGCUGGUACUGAAGUUGCCCGUGAGGCUUCUGAUAUUAUCUUGAUGACUGAUGAUUUCACCGAUAUCGUUCAAGCUAUUAAAUGGGGGAGAACUGUUUCGAUCUCGAUUAAAAAGUUUAUUCAGUUCCAGUUGACUGUGAACAUCACCGCUUGUGUGUUGACAUUUGUUUCUGCCGUGGCCUCAUCUGAGAAUAAAUCCGUGUUGACUGCAGUUCAAUUAUUAUGGGUUAAUUUAAUCAUGGAUACUCUUGCUGCAUUAGCAUUAGCCACUGAUAAACCGGACGAUUCAUUCUUGAAUAGAAAGCCUGCUGGACGUACUGCUCCUUUGAUUUCUACAUCCAUGUGGAAAAUGAUUUUGGGUCAAUCUACUACUCAAUUGGUGAUCACAUUUGUGCUUCAUUUUGCCGGUAAGAUUUUGUUUUUUGGUAAGAAUGCAAAUAUUAACAAUCAUCAACUGCAACAGUUAAACGCCAUGACAUUCAAUGCUUUUGUUUGGUUGCAAAUUUGGAAAUUGUUUGUCACGAGAAAGUUGGAUGAAGCUGAUGAGAUCACCACUGUUCGUGGAAGAAUCACUAUGGAAAACUUAAACUUUUUCAGUCAUUUGUUUAGAAACUGGUACUUUAUCAUCAUUGCCUUGUUGAUUUCCGGUUGUCAGAUCUUGAUUAUGUUUGUUGGUGGUGCUUCGUUCAGUAUUGCCAAGCAGACUCCAGGGAUGUGGGCCACCGCUAUAUUGUGUGGUUUUAUAAGUAUUCCUAUGGGGUUGAUUAUUAGAAUCAUACCGAAUGUUUGGGUGGAGAGAAUCUUCCCUACUCGUGCAUUCAAUAAAUUGCUCUAUAUUUUGAGUUUCGGAUGGCUUAGAAGAAAGAAGAGAAGUGAUAUCGAAUUGGAAGAAGGAGAUAGCGAUUAGUACGUAUUUAUAAUAAAAUGAUAGACUUACUUUUGAUGUAGAUGCAGUGCCAAUUGUAGUUAGAAAACAAAAUUAAUUAUAACUGAAGAUCUCAUAUU